AUGACAAAACUUCUGCUUGUAUCAGCGAUGGUCUUGUUGGCGUGCCUGCAACUGGGCUCUGCCUACAGACUGGUUUGCUACUUCACAAACUGGGCUCAGUACAGACCCGGAGAGGGGAAAUACCUGCCCAAGAAUGUGGACCCCUGCCUGUGCACGCAUGUGAUCUACGCCUUCGCCGGGAUGAAGAACAACGAGAUCACCACCUACGAAUGGAACGACCCGAAACUCUACCAGGAAAUUAACAGCCUUAAGAACAAGAAUGGAAACCUCAAGACUCUGUUGUCCAUUGGAGGCUGGAACUUUGGAACUCAGAAAUUCAGUGCGAUGGUGGCCUCAGCAGGAACUCGCCAGAUCUUCAUAAGGUCUGUGAUCAGCUUCCUGAGGGGUUAUGGCUUUGAUGGUUUGGACAUCGAUUGGGAAUAUCCUGGGUCUAGAGGGAGUCCUUCCGUUGAUAAACACCUCUUCACUCUUUUGAUGCAGGAACUGAUGGCAGCCUUUGAGGCUGAGGGUAGGAGCAGCGGGAAACCAAGACUGUUGCUGGCAGCAGCCGUGGCCGGAGGGAAGAGUAACAUCGAUGCUGGCUAUGAGGUUCCUCAGCUUGGACAGGUUCUGGACUUCAUCAGUGUGAUGACCUACGACUUCUAUGGAUCCUGGAGACAUGUGACAGGGGAGAAUAGCCCCCUCUACCCCUUCCCUAAUAACCAGGAUCAGACCAACCUGUACUUCAAUGUGGAAUAUGCAAUGAACUAUUGGAAGAACCAAGGAGCCCCAGCAGAGAAGCUGAAUGUUGGUUUCCCCACAUACGGACACUCCUUCCAGCUGACCUCAUCCAACACCGGGGUCUUAGCCCCAGCAAAAUAUACCAGGCAGGCCGGAAGCCUUGCUAACCCUGUUGGUUUCUUCCUCUUCCGGCAGAUCUGUACGUUCUUGAAUGGCGCCACCAAGGCGUGGGAUGCCCCGCAGAUGACUCCGUACGCAUUCAAAAAUGGAAUCUGGGUCGGGUAUGACGACCAGAAGAGCUUUGGAGACAAGGUCGAGUGGCUGAAGAGGAACAACUUUGGAGGAGCCAUGGUGUGGGAUCUUGCCCUGGACGACUUCUCUGGCGCCUUCUGUCACCAGGGACCCUACCCUCUCAUUAACACUCUGCACAGUGGCCUCGGGAUUUCUGGAGGCAGCUACUACUUCCAGCAGCUCCUGACCGUGCUUGGCUCCUACCCUGGGGACCUCCUGACAUGA